AAAGGGAGAAAAGGCAAUGGCAAAGCUUCUCCUCCGUUAGAGUAUGUUACUAAUCAGGUGAAGCUACUUCUCGUAACCCUAAGAAUGCCAGCAGAAGUGCGAAAGAUGAAGCUGAAAUGGGUAGUGCUCCAAUUGAUUCAUCAAAGAAAUAUGCCAAUGCUAAUGCCAGAUCCAACUCAACUAAAAAAACAUCUCGGGAUAAAAAAGCUUAAAAACUGAUUCAGAGUUGUAGAUGAUAAACCAAAGAAGAAAAAGAGAAUUCUUAGAUCCUUAUGAUACCUCAAACAAGCGGCUAGAUGAUGGCACUGCAAUCAAUGAAUGUAAAAAGGAUAAAAAGAUUUGGCGGAAAAUGCUCCCAUGUCAAAGAAUGCGCAAUUUCGUGGAAUACAGCCGAGUCCCUCCAUCCUUUCCUUUGUGGAAGAUAAUUUGCUAGGGCGUAGACGAACUAUUGAGAUCCAGAGAGCAGGCUAUAACACUGAGCUCUCUGCCCCGUUAGACAACAUCCCUUUCUCUACCAAUCCUGAAAGGGAACGCAUUGAGGAAAAGAUAUUUAGGAACAAGUUGCAUUUUUUUGCUGCAGCAAAGGUUUCAUCGUCAUUUCCCUCACCUGAUAUUCCAGAGAUUGCAUUUGCAGGUAGGUCAAAUGUUGGGAAGUCAUCUCUUCUCAAUGCACUUACUAGGCAAUGGGGUGUUGUACGGACAUCAGACAAACCAGGCCACACUCAAAGUAUUAAUUUCUUCGAGUUGGGAUCAAAGCUCUGCUUGGUUGAUUUGCCUGGCUAUGGCUUUGCCUAUGCAAAGGAAGAAGUUAAGGAGGCAUGGGAAGACCUGGUCAAGGAGUAUGUUUCAACAAGAAUUGGUCUAAAACGAGUGUGCCUUCUCAUUGAUACAAAGUGGGGUAUGAAGCCUAGAGACAAUGAACUCAUUGAUUUAAUGGAAAGAUCUCAAACAAAAUUCCAGAUUGUCUUAACCAAGACGGAUACGGUGUUCCCAAUUGAUGUGGCACGUCGUGCAAUGCAAAUCGAAGAGAGCCUCAAUGCAAAUAGAUCUCUUGUUCAACCGGUGGUGAUGGUGAGCUCAAAAACUGGAGCUGGUAUCCGAAGUUUAAGAACUGUCUUAUCUAAGAUUGCUAGGUUUGCCAAGCUCUAAUUCUGGCCAGAGUUGGCAGGGUGAAGGGCAGAAGUUGAUAUAUUCAUUUAGUGGACCUGCUCUUGUCAUUGUUAUCAGCUUCAAGUUAUUUAAUCAGCAUAGAAGCUCACAGGAAUUGAUAU